AUGAAAUUUGCAAAGGAGCUCGAGGCGGACCUCGUCCCAGAAUGGCGGAUCAAGUACUUGAAUUACAAGGCCGGGAAGAAAUACGUGAAGGCCGUGUCACGCGCCAUCAACAAGGCCAAUGCACCUCCUCACCUAACCAAAAAGGCAGACCUGCCACCUCAUUCCACCCCCUCUUAUGGAGGAACUUUUUCUACACCUUCAAGGCAUAAUGGAGGUCACCAGGCAACCGCCUCGUCGGGAGCAAACUCGCUUGGUCCUGGUCAAACUCCAACAGGACGUGGCAAGACAGUGGGAGGUUCAGAUAGGACCAGGGACCCAACCACGGCACAGUCCGAACCCACAUCAAUACCCUUGAGACCAGAACGUAUGUCAUUGACACGCUCACCGGGCAAUGAAGGGAAUUACGGUAGUUUCGUGCCCACACCUCCCGGGCCAGCGUCGCCUUUGACCACAGUCGGAAGCCGUCAAACCUUUGAACUACCUGCUCCUGCAAUGCGUCCAGAAUCGAAUAUGAGUGAACAUCAUCUCCCAGAACCUGCAGACACUUCCAGUCGUACUUUGGGAAGGUCACUCAUGAAGCGUAGUUCGACCAUGUUGCCCCUUGGCAAUCACGAAACGGGGAACUCUGUGACUCUGCCUCGUCAGAGAUUGAUUAGGGCUGACAGCUCUUCGAGCCGAUUGCGUCGAAUCUUUUCCUAUGGCCAAGGACCAGCCCACCCAGAGAGCAUCAAACUGGACCAGGGUUCUCAAGCAUUGGACGCGGUCCGGCAACGGGAGAAGGAGUUCUUUGAGUUUCUCGAUGGGGAGCUUGAAAAAGUUGAAACCUUUUACAAACAAAAGGAAGAACAGGCUGGCCAACGACUCGCCAUUCUGAGGAAUCAGCUACACGAAAUGAGAGACAGGCGAGCUGCCGAAUUGGCCGAGGUCAGAAGACAGCAAGAAGUAGAGAAUGGAUUCAGCAAUAACCAGAAUCACGACCAAGAGAAUUCUGACAAGCCGCAAAAUCGCAAGACACCAAACGGCUGGAUGGAUCCCAUUAGAGCAAAAAUUCUGCCACCGGGCCCCAAUUCCAAGGCUCUGCUGAAAAUGGCCCAGACACCGAAUGUGGGACCCAUGUUGAGACCUGAUCAACGAGACUAUGAGAUACGGAGACGCGAAGUGCCCUACCGAUCGGCAAAACGGAAGCUGAAGCUUGCUUUGCAAGAGUUCUACAGAGGUCUUGAGCUUUUGAAGUCGUACACGCUCCUCAACCGGACGGCUUUCCGAAAACUCAACAAGAAGUACGACAAGGCAGUCAAUGCUCGACCACCAUAUAGGUUCAUGAACGAAAAGGUCAACAAAUCUUGGUUCGUGACCAGCGAGGCGCUGGAUGGACACAUCAAGGCCGUAGAAGACCUCUAUGCCAGGUACUUUGAAAAAGGCAACCAUAAGAUCGCUGCCGGAAAGCUCCGUCGACUCACUAGGAAGCCAAGGGAUGAGUCUGGCAGCACCUUUUUGACUGGUAUCUUCUUGGGAACCGGUGGAGUCUUUGCUGUCCAGGGUUUGAUCUAUGGUGCUGAGCUCCUGUUCGACGAAGAUCCCGUGGUGAGGGAACAAACCAGUUAUCUGAUGCAGAUCUAUGGAGGGUACUUUCUGAUGAUGUACUUGUUUGCAUUGUUCUGCCUUGACUGCAGUCUUUGGACAACCUACAAGGUCAAUUAUCCCUUCAUCUUCGAGUUUGACCCUCGCCACCAACUCGAUUGGAGGCAGCUUGCCGAGUUCCCGAGCUUCUGUCUCUUGCUCUUUGGCUUGUUCAUGUGGCUCAACUUUACGAGAUACGGGUCGCCAUCCAUGUACCUCUACUACCCGAUCAUACUAAUUUUCCUCACUGUCUUACUUAUAUUCCUUCCAUUUCCGAUCCUCGCUCAUCGAAGUCGAAAGUGGUUUGCAUAUUCCCACUGGCGCUUGUUGCUCGCGGGCUACUACCCCGUCGAGUUUAGAGAUUUCUUUCUCGGCGACAUGUACUGCUCACUAACAUAUGCCGUUUGCAAUGUCGAGCUUUUCUUCUGUCUCUAUGCCCAUUAUUGGGACGAUCCGGACCAGUGUAAUUCCAGUCACUCACGCUUGCUCGGCUUCUUCUCAGCAUUGCCACCCAUCUGGCGUGCAUUUCAAUGCGUUCGCCGAUACUCUGACACCAGGAACAAGUUUCCUCAUCUCGUCAAUUGCGGCAAAUACAUCAUGACGAUUAUGGCAGCCGUUACGCUCUCACUCUACCGCAUUCAAGACCAUACUACGACUCUGGCUCUGUUUGUGACAUUUUCGUGCGUCAACUCGAUUUACUGUUCCAUCUGGGACCUGUUUAUGGACUUCUCCUUCCUACAGCCAGACUCCCGACACCGCUUCCUGAGAGAUAUCCUAGCCAUCAAGCAACGCUGGCUAUACUAUGCCAUCAUGAUAAUUGAUCCCAUCUUGCGUUUCGCCUGGAUCUUCUAUGCAAUCUUCACUCAUGAUAAGCAGCAUAAUAGCAUCGCUUCAUUUCUGAUUGGGUUUGCCGAAGUGACUCGGCGUGGCAUGUGGGCACUGUUCCGUGUCGAGAAUGAACAUUGUUCGAAUGUCUCCCAGUAUAAGGCUAGUCGCGACGUGCCACUUCCUUACAAGCUGGACCUUGAACCUCUGGUAGAGAGACCGAGUGAGGAAGCCCCGCGCCCAAGGAGCUCGCAGGAGGCCUUGGCUACCGGUCUCGAUGUGGGCGCAGCUGGAAGAUCAGCAAGAGCUGGUGAUCAGGUCGCCGCCUCCGGGUCCUCUCCUGCUCCAGAUGCAAUGGAAAGUGGACUCCGGAAGCGUAGGGCUUCGGAUGUCCUUCGCAGCGGAGGUGGCACGAUUCGAAAGAUCAUGGCAAACGCCCACCGGCAGGAUUUCGAGAAGAAGAGAAGGGCACCAGAACCACCCAAGGAGCAUGAUCAGGACCUCGGCGAUGACGGGCCUAGCGACGAUGACGAUGAAGAUAUCGAGGACGACGACGAUGAUUCAAGCGCUUUCGAGGAGCGCAUGGAGAUCAGAAGAGCUGAGCAUCUGGUCAGGGGGCCGAAUAGUGAAGGUGAGCCCUAG